AUGGACCAACUAGGAACUUUCCAACUCAAUGAUGCCCGGCGUCUUUUUGAGUUGGCCAAAGCGCUCCAUCAAAAACGGUUCUUCAACCACCAUCUCACCGCCGAGCAGUGUCAUAUCAUAAAUGCCAUUCUAGAGCGAGAUAAUUUCCAACUCUGGCGCCAGUUUCUCGACGGAAACUGCUGCUUGGUGAUUGCAAAAGACUCCUCUGAUGAUGAGAGCGCAGAUUCAAUUCCAGAAGGCACUGAGCCUGUGACACAGCUAGCGCUUCGGAUCCGGUAUUUGCUAUGGGAGAAAGCCAUCAAUUUUUACUACGACAAAACUUCCAGGGAAAACUCGGGCUCGCUCGCCACUAUAGAAGAGCUCCCCAAAGAGCACGAGAUGAUAGAGUUGCUUGACCAGCUACCGGAAGAAAGCAACGAGGAAAGUGUUCCCCAGGAGAAAACAAAUGUCAGAGACGAAGAAGAUGACUAUGACGACGAUGAAGACGAAGAAAACGGAGAGGACAAGAGCAAAACUUCCAACGGGCAGGAGGCCACUGUUCUCAAGCUCAACGAUAAUGGCCAGGUGAUUUUGGAGAUGGAGGGUUCUGUCUUUGCUAAGAGCUCGGAACCAGACUCUGAACAGGAAGAAGAGAGGACACAAGAGCCUGGUACUCAGGAAAUCAAUGCAGCCGAAUCUCUAGAGGAGCAGGAGGCUACGAUUAAGAGCUUCAACAAGGUGUAUCACAAUUUCGAAUACGACAGAGAAACGUUAAUCAAAAAGCGCAAGUUGGACAAGUCGGACAUGCAGCUUGAGAACCAAAAGACAACAGAGAACACCGAAAGCGGCGAGAUCCCCAUCAAUUUGGGGCUUGUGUCGCAUUCGCUCAAACAUUUGCUCAACACAAUUCAGGAACGUAGAGACGACAUUUCAUUGAACGAUUUAGAGUUGCGGACCUUGUUUAUGGACGUGCGCAAGAAUAGGGGAAAAUGGGCAAAUGACGAAAGAGUCGGGCAAGAGGAGUUGUACGAUGCAUGUGAGAAGGUGCUUUUAGACUUACGUGGGUACACAGAACACUCGACACCGUUCUUGAACAAAGUUUCCAAAAGGGAGGCGCCCAAUUAUGGGCUCAUCAUAAAAAAGCCCAUGGACUUGAACACAGUGAUGAAAAAAUUGAAAGGAUUGGCGUACAAUUCGAAGCAGGAGUUCGUGGACGACUUGAUGCUUAUAUGGAACAAUUGUUUAACAUACAACUCGAACCCAAAGCACUAUUUGCGUGCACACGCUUUGGCGAUGCAAAAACGAACACAGAAACUUGUUCCAUCGAUUCCUAAUAUUGUCAUCCGUAACCGGUCCGAACUUGAAAAGGACGAUGAAGCUGAGGAUGGAAGAGCUUCGACUCCCGGUGGAGGCGGGAAAAAAUCGUCGAAAAAGGGCCGCAUGCGGAAAAGAGAAGAAGUCAUCAAAAGCGAAGAGCCUGAGGGCGUAGCUGAUGGGUCGGUUGAAAGCACAUUAGCACAAAAUACUCCUACAGCUUCUGUGGAACCUGUGUCUCCUGUCGCUGAAGAAAAACCGUCUGUGGCACCUGAAGAGAGAGAGGAAGAUGAGGAAGAUGAAGACGCAGAGACCGAAAUGCGGGACAAUGAUGAGGAAGACGAAGACCAGGACCCAGAAUUGCUUGCGUGGAAAAACCUCACAGCCACCUCGCGAGCCAACUACUGCGAAAACCGAGCAGCGUUGUUCGACGACCAUUACCACUUGAAAAUGGAUGCUGAGGCGCUCGUGAGAGAGUCAGGCAAGAUGAAAAACUUCCACCAGUUCUUGGAGUUCAAAGAAGUGGUUUCCAAGGGAAAUAAGUUGCUUGAUAGCGACGAGCCAUACUUGCUCGAGUACGACAUUGUGGGUGGAGUUCCAGGUUUGGCAUACGAAGGUGUGGACGAUGAUGCUCAAGAAAAGUACGAAAAUAGCAUGGCCGACGCCAUUGUGCAAAACCCAGAAACCACUGCUGUGGCGAGGUCGUCGCUUGUGCUUCCAGAAGAUUCAGGGCUCAACAAGCUUUAUCGCGAUAACAUCACGGAGAUCCAGGAGAUCCGCAAAAUCUGCUUCAAGAUCUCGUUGAUCCGGCAAAUGCAGACGCAGGCGUUCGUGCAUCGAACGCAAAUGCGACAACCAGAGAUAGAAUAUGUCAAGGAAGUUGACGUGGACCCGGUUUCAAGAUUGCCCAAUCACGAUAUUUUCAGCGAAAAGACGCAGUAUGCGGCACUUCGGAAAGGCGUGGCCAAAGUGGCUAUGCACACAGGCUUUGAAAGUACCGAACCUUUUGCCAUCAACACCCUCACUCAGGUGGCAGAAACGUACAUUCUGAACUUGGCGAAAACUCUCAAAAGCCAUUGUGAGUCGAGCAGCAGCAACAAGCUCAGUGAGCGCGAAAUACUCUUGCUUUCGUUGCUUGAGAACGGUGUGGAAAAGCCUGACGACUUGUACACGUUUAUUGAAGAGCGGGCGUUGAAACACCAAAAGAAGCUCCGUGACUUGCACGAUAAACUUUCAGGGUUUUUGAAAGACUUGCUUCGGCCAUCUUUGGAGAGUUUCAACGAAAAGAACUUCGAGGACAACAGUGAGCAGUUCACCACUGGUGAUUUCACAAGCGACUUGGGCGAUGAUUUCUUCGGAUUCAAAGAAUUGGGGCUCGACAAAGAGUUCAAGAUGCUCACGUCGUCGAUUCCAAUCAACUUGUUGCAUGCAAGGCUCCAAAGCUCACUAGCCAGCUCGGACUCCACAAGCAAGAGCACCAAGUACGAGGACUUACACGAAUGGAACACGCCGAAGUUGACAGCGGCAGAUGUGGAGAAGCAGAUUGGUCUUUUACGUCCGUUCUACCGCGAUUGGGUCAAGAAGACAGAAGCGCAUUAUGUGAAACAGCAAAAGAGAAACGGCGAAAGCACAGAGUUGCCGCCGCCGCAAGAGUUGUACUUGUUGGAAGACGACGACUUGCCCCAGAAACAAAGAAACACACGGCCACGUCUUCCUCCAACAGGGAAAAUCGCAUCGGUGAAGAAGAAGUUGUUGCUGGGCGCCUUUAUUUUGCCGGACGAAGAAGAGAAUGCCGACAUCAAGCUCGAGACGGGAGAUCCGGGUCUCAUGGUGUCGUGA